AUGCUGACCCUCGUCCUCGAACACGUCUCGUCCCCACCAGCGGCCAUGAUGAUCACCAGCCUGUGCGUCGUGGGGGCGGUGUCUGCCCUGGCCUGGUCCCUGCCCGUCACCACCACCACCAGGAACAAGAACAAGAACAAGAACACAAUCCCCUCUGUGGCCGUUGGGCUGCCCAUCCUCGGCAACCUCCGCCGGUACUGCGAGGAUCCUGUGCGAUUCAUCGAUUCGGCGACGCGUCGCCAUGGUGCCUUCUUUGCAGUGCCCAUGCUGCUGGGCCGCACCAUCUGGCUCAGGAGCCCCCAGCUCAACAAGAAGUAUCUGGAGACCCCAGAGGACGUGUGGUCGUUUGGCGACGGCAUGGGCAUGUUUCUCAACAAGAUCGUCGGGCCCGGCUACUUUGACCACCUCAAGGCGUUUGUGGGCUCGCUGAGCAGGGGCAUCUCGCGGCAGGCCACCCUCGAGCACUACGGCCACCUCGCCCGGGAGGAGACGUGCAAGUUCCUCGACGACGUGUCCCUGCCCGAGAGCCCGUCCACGCCCCUCUUUGAAGAGGUCUCCCUUCUCGUGCACAAGAUCAUUGUGCGGUGCCUCAUGGGCCCCGACUUUUACGACCACCACGUCGACGAGCUAUACGAGCUCCUCCACGACAUGGAGGACAAUGUCGGCAGCCUGCUGCACACCCUCCUGCCCGCGUGGGUGCCUCAUGCGCCCGCGCGCCGCCUCUGGGCCGCCCGCGACCGCAUGCGCGACAUCUUCGCGCGCCGCCUGCGCGCGCGCGAGGCCAACCCCAAGCAGUGGCAGCACCAAGACGCGCUCGACUACAUCUCCUACACGCUGCAGGACGCCUCGACGGCGCACCUCACAAAGUUCUACGCCGCCCACCACUCCUUGCUGAUGUUUGCUGCACACACCAGCACCGUCGCCAGCGUCGCGUGGACGCUUCUCGAGCUCCUCAAGUCACCAGACCGCCUGGCCACGUUGCGCCAGGAGCUCCGGGCCCAUGGCGACGUGAACGAGUCCCCCCUGCUGGACGCCCUCGUCAAGGAGACCGGCCGGCACUACGCUGGACACAAUGACGUACGCUGGGCGCGCCAGCCCAAAACGCUGCGCAUUCCCCAUGCGUCCGACGACGAGGACGUUGUCACCGUGCCCGCAGGCACCGUCGUCUCCAUCUCGCCAUACCUGACGCACCACGACCCGGACGUCUGGGCGCACCCGGACACGUACCGCCCGGAGCGGUGGAUCGAGCAGCCCGACCUGGCGCGCAGGAUGAACGACGGCACGCAGCUGCGCUAUAUCCCCUUUGGCGGCGGGCGGCACCGCUGUCCGGGCGAGAAAAUGGCGACGCUUCUCUCCAAGACGGUUGUCGCCACAGUUGUCCAGCAGUGUGACCUGCGCUGGGGCGUGGGCGGCGAUGCUCAGAACACGACGGCCCUCGACUUCUCCAAGGUCGGAAGCCCCUGGCUCAAAGGCGACGUGCAGGUCUGCUGGAGCAGGCGGUGA